UGUUCCUGUAGAUGUGGAUGUGGACAUUGUUCCUGUAGAUGAGGAUAUGGAGUCUGCAGAUGGAGGACCCCCUGGCAAAGGCAAAUGUAAAGGAAAAGGAAAGGGACGAGGUCAUUGGAAAGGAAAGGAACACAAUGAGGAUGAGAUGGUAGAUGGUGAAUUUGGUGGGAAAGGACACGGAAAAGGACACGGAAAAAGACACGGAAAAGGACAUGGAAAAGGACAUGGAAAAGGAAAAGGCCUAGGCCCUGUGUUACCUGACGGUGAAGUUGUGGAAUUGAGCCCUCCCGAUAAUAUGGGUGUGAGUGUGGACGCUCUACCAGUUUUGAAGAAAAGAGCUCUUGAUGAUGGAGAAGAAGAAGAAGUAGAAGUUCCCAGUGGAAAUGGAAAAGGGAAAGGGAAAGGGAAAGGGAAAGGAAAAGGAAAGGGCAAAGGAAAGGGCAAAGGGAAAGGAAAGGGAGGCCAGGCGGCAGACGAAUAGGAAGGAGCAAGAAAGACUACCAAUUGCAUUCACCUAAAUUCCUCUGAAGCUAAUUAGACAUGACAGAUUUAUGAAAUAACCAGAACUUGGUGUGCGGUCAGGUGACAGUUGCCUUCUAGUGAAUGCUUUUGAUUUUCUAAUAGA